GGAGAACUGUUGCUUUGAAACAUUUUUUCCAAGAUAUCUUCAGAUUAGGGAAUGUAGGACUAUACCAGUUAUCAGGGUGUGUGCGCAAUAAUGUUUCCGUGAAAUAGUUCAUGGUUGUUUGUUACUUUAGAGAGAAAAACAGAUGGCUCAUGUGAUGUACGCUAACCCACAGUAUACAACACAAACUCACUGAAACUCAUAACUGGUAGGGAUGAUGUGGUAUUCCAGGUGCUCGCAUGUGCUGGUUGAGGUAUAUAUUACUAGCGAACCAGCGGCUGUCACUACUCGUCAACAGUGGCUGUCACCACUUUAUCACUGGCUAUCACUCCUCCAUUGAUAGUGGCUCUCCCCUUUGUGUCACCAGCUGCUGUCAUCUCUUCAUUGCCGGUGGCUGUCCUCUCUGUGUCACCAGCAGCUUUCCUCCAGCCUAGGUUCCCACAGGAUUACUAAAACACAAGCACAAGUUGAAGAGUGUGCUUGCGUUCUCCAGGGGGUCACCAGAUCUACACAGGUUCCUGGUCUCGGCUGCAGCCCUCUGGCUUCCCAGUAUGUUAUGAGUCCCCGUCUUCAUGACAGCAUCUUCGGUUGUGGGCGUGAAGGCGCGUGGGCGUAAGUGGAAGGUUGUGUGAGGACAGAAAAGCGGCUAUAUGCAGGAACAACCUCUUACAAUAGAGGCCCCGGCAAGAGGCUACGGGCGGUGGAGCGAGGGUGGACGGAAUAAAGGCAGAGAGGGACGGGGGCGGUGAUGAUGGUGGUGUGCAAUGGGUGAAGGGCGGCCAUGGUGGGCAGGCCCGCGCCGUGUGCGUCGUGUACAUGGCCUCCAGCUGCCACUGCACCCGCAGCAGGUGCUGGCAUGGCUGGUGAUGUUCGUCUUCACCUCCCUCAUGUACGGCGCUGUCCUCCCCGCCCUUCACUCCCGCUUGGCUACGCCUCUAGCAGUCAUUACAGGCGUGGUCUUCACCGCCCACGUGCUGGCACAUGCAGUAGCUCUGGCACUUGACCCAGCGGAUCCUCAACUCAGGGCCUGCAAAGAUCGCCAACAAGUGCCCGAAUUCGAUCGUAACGUACAUAGCCAUGUGAUUGAAAACGGUCGGUGUCAUCUGUGUAACAUAACUAUAUCUUCCAGUCGGACUAAACACUGUAGCGCGUGCAACAAGUGUGUAGACGUGUUUGAUCAUCACUGUAAAUGGCUCAACCACUGCGUGGGUCGUCGCAACUACCCAGUGUUUUUGGCGUGUGUCAUCACGGCCAUCUUGGGCUGCCUCCUGGUCAUGGCCACCUGUCUCGCAGAAAUUGUUCUUUACUAUUUCAAGAAAGAAUACCUCUCGCCAUGGGAGGCACCAAAGCAAGAACAGAAGUUUCAAGAAGAUCCCAGUGAUGAAGCUUCUUUAACAUGCUCGGAAGGGGCGCCCUAUUGCCAUUUCUCCAUCUUCGGUGCUCUAGUCUAUGAUGGCGCCUUCAUCGGAUUGUUGUCGACCGUGUUUUCUGUGGCUCUGGUAGCAGAAGUCCUACUGGUACAUCUCGCUGCUUUCCAUGCUUAUAUUAUUUUUCUGGGAUUCACCACCUAUGAGUAUAUAAGAGGCCAUCACCUGCGUGGCUCAAACUCUGCUCACUCCUUUGCUGCAUAUGGGCGUGAAGGCGGGACGGAGAGGGAGGGUGCCGUUUGUGGUUGGGCAGUAGUUCGUCGCCCACCAAAUAACCAAAUUACGCCUUCAUCUACAACUGACACAGCUUUGCGUGCUACAGUAUCUGUUGAUUCUAUAAACACUACCACCACAGCUGUCCGCUCUCCGCGCUCUUCCACCUCCUCCACUCCUGGGCUCUCCCCAUCCACUCCAUCAGAGGAUGCUCGUUCACCAACUGUAGGAAAAAACCAUCUUCAAAAUCAUUCCUCGCGCUACUUACAGCAAGGUGGACGUUUCAGUUCUGCUAUGGUGUCGCCCACCAAUACUGCUCCUAGAACACCACCUGCUCGGGCUUCUUCAGUGCCACAGUUACCGCAGAUCCAGUUAGGUCGUUCUCGGGCACAGUUGCGAACUCUGAGUCGCGCUGUGUCUACCGCAGUAAGUGAAUUUUCUGUAGAGGAUGACGUGGAGGUUAGAGUGGUGUCACUGUCGCGGCCUCGUCCCUCUCGUCGCCGGCUGCGGUCUAGCAUAGCUCCACAUCUUUCUCCUAUUAAGGAAUGUGACCAGAUAGUCCCUAGUCCACCUACCAUGCGUCCGGUUCGUGAGCGGGCGAGUUGUUCCUCCAGUCCAGCUGCCAGCCCUGUCCACACUCCAGCCCGUAGCCCUGGCCGCAGCCCCGCCCCUAACUCCGCCCGCAACCCCGGCCGCAGCCCGGCCCAAAGUCCUGGUUGCAGCCCUGGCCGCAGCCCUGGCCGAAGCCCUGGCCGCAGCCCUGGCCGAAGCCCUGGCCGCAGUCCCAGCCGCAGCCCUAGCCAAAACCCCGGCCGCAGCCCCGCCCAAAGUCCUGCCCGCAACCCUGGCCGUAGCCCCACCCAAAGCCCCGCCCACAGCCCCGCCCGCACCCCUGGCCGUAGUCCGGGCCGCAGUCCUCACACUCCUACGAAACUAAGUCCUCUGGUGGGUGGUGCAGACGUUACAAGGCGUGCCAAUGGCCAUAGUGUGGUGAGUCGUGUGAAGAUGAAUGGCAGUUAUAGCGAUGGUAGUAAAUGUUACGGAAGGACGCCGCCAGUUAAAAAUAUUAAUAGUAAAUUGGUAGAAAGUGAGCAGAGUGGUGUGGAGGAGAGCCCUCAAGACCCUGACUGCAGCAUGCUAAGGUCUGCCUCGUGUGGGUCUGGAUCAGGUCGCUCACGUCACAACGGAGGCGUGGCGCACGUGGAACUACAUAUGUAAUUCCUGACGCUGCCUAACACUGCCUACUGUAGCUCACAUUGACCAUGAGGGUAAUCCACCUCUGCUACCGCCACCUCGCAUGAACGCCCCUCUUAACUUGGUAAUGAACCAUUCGAGUCAAAAUAAUGGUUGAAUUAUCCAGUAAAUAAUAUAAGAUAUAAUUCUUGUGAUAGCAAUAUAUUGAUGUUAAGCUGUGUAACACUGAACCAAUAGCGUGCCAAUAUUUAUUUCCUGAUCGUUAUUUUUUUUUUCAAUGGCCCUCAGGUUAAUUUUUCUUCUGGUCUCCGGAUCUACCUUCCCUUGUGGUUCCUGGGCCAGGAUUCUCUCCGGGUUUCCCAGGUUCGACAGUAUUCUCUUGUGAUCCAGAGUCUUCCUUCUUGGAUUCAGUCACCCUUGCCCAGCCCAUCGCAUCGCUCUAGUCCAAAACUAAAUAUUGUUAGUCAAACAAUUGCCGCUGAAAAUAUCAGACCAGCUCUAGUCAUGGCCUUACACCCCAAGCAACUCAAACUUUUAAUGUUUUCUUACUAGCCUAGUCCUUGCUUUGCUUUCUUCAUUCCCAAGAAUAUGCCCCUCACUAGUCCUGGGCCGGUCUCCCUGUUCUCUAAACUAAUCCUGUACCAACAUCCUAAGUGUUGGAGUUAUGCUCGUACGUCUGUAAACACGUGUUCCACCACCUGAGAGUCAGUGGUGGGAAUUCACUUUCCCAGACGUGGGACCACGCUGAGCUGUGGGUCCGCUUUCUGAAGUCCCAGAGAUCCAGAGACCGUUUUAUAGUCCUUUACCACUAAUUUUAAUCUUGGGCUAAGUGUUGUAUGUGACUGUGAAGUUAUCUUCCUCAUUUUUUAUGCCCAGUCAGUAUCUGCUAGUACUCAUAUCACCAGAAUUUGGCAUCACGUCUUAGGGCUUUACAGUUACCCUCCACUUAGGAUUUGUCUUUAUUUCAUCUCUCAAAAACUUCCAAGUUAUCCCUUUCUACAGCCUCCCCUAGAAAUACGAAGUACUUCACGUGUCAAAAAUUCCUGCCACCAGAACCUUGUUAGCAUGCAGUGUCGUAGAUCCUGGCAAACCUACCAGUUUCUGGGAUAUACUUGGUUUGUUACCUCCUAGAAUCUGUCAUACACUAUUCCUAGAACUGUAGGAAUCUUGCUUCCUAGGACCUAGGUAUGCAGUUUUUACCCAGAAUUUAGGAGAAAAGCUGGGUAUACUUCCUUGUUGAAGCUCACUUCAUUAACUUGCUCAUCUUCGUCAUAAUAGUAGAUAUAAAUCAAGGUGUAUAUAGUCUUAUAUUUUGGCAAGAAGGAUUGGUCUAGUGGUGUGGGUAAUGCCUGGAUAUAUA